AAUGACUGAUGAUAUCGAUGAUCAUCAUCUUGAAGAUGACAUGCAUGUGGAAGCUUACAUGGAAUUAAAACCUCAACAACCACGUUAUAUAUGCCCCUAUGGAUGCAACAAAUUGAUUGCCUCUCGAACGAUCGAUUAUCACAAGAAUAAUGGAUGUGGACGUAAUCAAAGCGAUAAUAUGGUUUCGCAUCCUCAACUCAAAAAGAGAUUUUAUUGUUGCGGAUUGUGUAGUUCCGAAUUUAUCACGAGACCUGAGUUCCACAGUCAUUUGCGUAUUGAGCACGACGUUCUUCCGGAUGUUCAUUCAAUGGAAUUCCCGGACCGUGCUACAUUUGAACGGUUCAGAUUCUGGUUAGAGUCGGAAGGUGGUGCUCAUUUUCGACACAAAUCGGGAUCAAAACGACGUGGGCGUGGAAAAGGAAUUUUUUUGGCAUGCAAUCGAAGUGGCAAUGUGAGUAGUGAUAAGAAUACAGCCAAUGAUCGUACAGGACCAUUUCGAUUAGGAUUCACGUGUACUGCUUUUAUUCAUGCAACAGAACAUAAUGAUGGACAUGUGUCUGCGGAAUUUUGUGGUGAUCAUUACGCUCACGACGCACGGAUGCGGCUCCCCAAUGUCAUUAAGUAUAUAAUUGCUCAGAAGCAAAUGGAACAGAGUUCUCCUAUGGAAAUUAUUGGAUUUUUACGGCAUCAUUUCCUCAGCAUCUCUGCAGACAACAUUUAUGCUCAGCGAGUUUGCUUUGUAGAUACCGAUGAGUUGAAGACUCUAUUAGUUUCGUGCACUAAAAAAUGGAGCAGAGAAGGAAUUCCAAAAUCAAUCGAAGUUUGGGAAGAGGAACUUAUCGACAAAGUAGGAAUCGAAUGGCCACCAGUUUCAAUGAGAUCUCCACAUCGAUUCACAGAACCAAGAAAACCGACAACAACUGAAAUUGCAAUACAAGAACACUGGCCGAGACCAAGAGUAUUUGUGGGCAAAAACCGACGUGAUCAUUUAAUGGCUUUUCCAUUAGGAGAUGUUUCACAAUCUAGUAGUGGUUACGAGCAACAUGAAGAUAUGGAUGAUCCGAGAUUUAUCCAGAUUGAAAUGGAAUAUGAAGAUGAACGAUUUGUACAAGAUGCUCAGAUGGUUGAAGAAGAAGAAAUUGAAGUUGUCGAAACGCAGACGUAUGAACGACAUCAGGAAGCAAUACGAAAGGGAAAUGAAAUUCUUGAACACGGAGGUGAAGAAGUUCGAGUGGGAAAUGAAGUAAUCGUGGCUCCUAGAAGUUCUAAUGAUCAAAUUGCCAAUGAACAAAAAACAAGUACAGAUGAACGAAUUUUAAUCGAAUCGCCUGGACAUGAGGAAGUUGUGAUUGUUGAUGGAGAUGUAGAUGACGAAAUCGAUGACAGUCUUCAGCUUCACCAUCACAGACAUCUUCAAAAUGACCAUCAUCAUCUGUCAACCAGGCAUCAACUUGAAGACUCUGAUCAAUCAGGACCUUCUAAUGCUGUUGAUCGAUUUCUUGAUACGCACAAAGUUGAUAAUUUGAAUCUAUUGCUUGAAGAAGUUGAGGCGUUCAAACAUACGGUUUUGAAACGCGCCGACCAGAUUUCGCCAGCCAAUAUGAAAUCUCUUCUCAUCCGCUUUCAAACUCUUCAUCACUCGGUAAUGGAGAAGGAUCCAGGAAUGCCAUCAAGCUCGUCGUCUACAGUUUUCCCUACUCGGAGCAAAUAUCAAUAUAGGCCUGGAAAAGGUUUGGAAAGAGCAGAACAAGAUUAUCUGUCACGUGGAAAUGGAGAUAUCACCCUACAGCCAAUCGAAGACGAACUUAGCGAUGACGAAGAUCUUAUGAUUGCAAACAGUGAACAUAUGUCAUUCAAUACUGGAAUUUGGAGCUAAAUUUACCACUAAAUUUGUAAUUUUGAUUUGAAAUUGAUUUUCUUUUACUUGUUUAGACUUACGAGGCGAUCUCAUCUAACUUUUAUAAAAUUAAUUUGAAUGGUU